GCAUUGUUAUGUUCGUUGAAUAGAGGCCGGAGCGCUAAUGGCCGCCAACGACAGCGAUGAUGAAUGGGGAUCCUGGGCUACGAAAGGAAAGAAGGAGAACAACACAGGUAAGGCUGGCGCAGAAGCCAACGACAGCGAUGAUGAAUGGGGAUCCUGGGCUACGAAAGGAAAGAAGGAGAACGACACCAGAGGCACAAAGCAGGCCCAGGAGCUCACGCCCUUCAAGCAACUCUUGCUGAAGGGUAAGGGCAAGGGAAAUGACGGAGGCAGGCGAGACCGUGAUCGCCGAAAGCGCAAGCGAUCAAGGAGCCGAGAGCGCGGAAAGGGCUCGAAGGCUGGAAAAUCUGGGUCUCAAGGAAAGAGCAAAGGUUACACUGCCAAGGACCAGUCUCUCUUCAAGCGGCAGCCAGGUCAAGUGCUCCCUGCAAAGGCCCGGCCAUCGCCUGCUCCACCAAAACGACCGCCUCCACAUCACUUGCUUGAGGGGCGACCAGGGGACAAGGGCCAGCCAUUUGUCCCUCUCGGUCUUCGACCUCCUCCUGUUCCGCCUGUUCCUGCUCCUGGCCCGGGCUGGCAGUUCUCGGCAUUCCCGAUGAUGAAUGGACAGUUUGGAUGGUUUCCUAUGCGGCCGGUAGUACCGCCUCGGCCACCCUUGGCGCCGCCGGUGCCGGUGCGGCCCACGCAGCCGGUGCGGCCCACGCAGCCGGUGCGGCCCACGCCAGUCCGACCCAUACAGCCGGUGCGGCCGACAAAGCGCGCGCCUGAAAACUCGGAAAGGACUGGAGAUUGGCCCGAGCUGAAAGAGUGGCUGGGCGGACUCGACCGCGGGAAGGGCAUCAUGUUGAGGUACGAGCAGGUGUUAAAGCCCUGCGGCAGCUUUGAGGCCUUGAUUGCAAUGGCUGGCAAGAUGACAGACGAGCAGCUUAAGUCAAAGUUCAAUCUCGAGACCCAAGGCCACGUGAUCAUGAUGAAAAAUGGCUUGAAGUUGCUCAGCGAAAGCUCGAGGUUCAAGGUGCCACAACCCCCGGAUCCGCCAAAGCGACCUUUGCAGGGCCUACCACCUCAGCCCAAGUCGCGGCCAAAGGCCUGGCCCAAGCCGUUCCCUCCUAUUGCCCCAGCAGAGCCCGUGGUUCCGCCCGUGGAUCCCAUGGCUCCGCCAGCGGAACCGGAUGACAUGGAUUUGGAGGCCCAUCCGGAUGAGAGAGGUGAGAUUGAGGACAUGGACAGAUUGGAGAAUGAGGCCAUGGAGAAACUUUGGAAGGGCUUUCUCGCAAAUGACGAGCCGGGCGAGGGGGUCCAGGCAGAGUCCGAAGCUGACGGCAAGGACUUUCCGCCUGAGCCUGAUGUGCCGGAGGAGUGGGAGGAGCAUCUCCAGCAUGGUGAAGGAUUCGAGGAGGAGGCGCAGGAGGAGUAUCCGCCGGAGGAGUGGGAGGAGCAUCUCCAGCAUGGUGAAGGAUUCGAGGAGGAGGCGCAGGAGGAGCCGGAUGGCGAGUGGCACGAGGAGGCUCAAGAGGAGGAGUUUGAGGAGGUGGAGGUGGAGGAAGAGGAUGUGGCGUCAUCGGGCCCGCAGCGGCAAGUGCCCCGCGCGUUCGCCGCUGGUAUACCCACAUUGCGCUCUGUCCGACCCACCGCCCUUCUGCAAGCUUCUGGGGCGGCAACCCAUCGACGUUGAAAA